AUGCCGGCAGAAGUCAAAUUGGAGUGUAUUGGAAAAAUGGAAUUUAAGGAGAGAUUAUCCUUGAGAUGCACUGCAAAAGCUGAGAGGUCGCUCGUUGAUUCACAGAAAAUCGAAUUCAAUAAAGGUCGCUUCUGGGGAAAUAAUCGAUAUUUAGGUUUAGAUCUAAAUAACAAGUACGACGUCACGAAGCACCUAAAAGAUAAAACUGAAGCUCUCGAACUCAUGAAAUACCUCAAGAAAGUCGGAGUAUUCAAGAAUCUGACUAUCUCUUUCGGAGGUCCAAAAUGCUCCCUACUGGCAUAUCAACUACGAAGGAGCCUUCAUAAGGUUGCACAGAUGCGGAUCGAUACGAAUUCGAAAGUCGGAACCACUUUCCAAGUUUCUGUCUCUAAAAAUGGCUCGUUCGCUGAGUUCUUGGAGCACUUCGCUGAUCGUAUUGUAUCGAAAAGGGAUAAACGAGUCAGAAUUCGUACCAACAAUCCGGAUCGUCACAUUCUUCUGGAGCGUGGAUUGGAUAACGUCGUCACAACCGGUUAUUACAUUCAAUUCUUCCGUCUAAUAGUGAUUUCCGCAAAAAUGAAGCAAUCUGAAUACGACGGCAACUUCAAGGAAUGGCUUCUUAAAAUGGAUCCGGAUGCUUAUGAUAAAUAUUUUUGGGAAAACUCUUUCGACAAUUUUGACGACUUCUACGACGAUGAUGACGAAGAGUUCGAAAGUUGGAGGCACAUUUGGUAUGACAGCGAUGAUGCUCAUGAGCCACACUAUUACUAA